AUGGCGCGCAGCUUUUUCUAUGGCUUUCGAACCCGACUGUUGAUGCUGUUUCUCUUCACAACUCUGUUUGGAUUGGUAUCAAUUCACCUCAUCAUUACCAGCUCAAAUUCUGUUACGCAAUAUGAACCAAGGCCAGCUCCAAGGAGAGAAAGUUCCGGGGUAUUUCACGACGCGAAAGCCCAUCCAGAAUUUGCUCCAAAGGAAACAAAGCUGAAAGCGCUAGUUGGACUUCCAAAAUAUGCACCCCCGACGUCUUCUAUUAUUCUCAUUCGGGCUCUGGGCAACGCCUUGCCGCCAAGACACAGUACAAACCAGACUUUGGAUAAUCUCGACUUUAUUCUUGCGCACGAGGAUUCGUUUCCCAACACAACGCGACACUGGUUCGUCAAUCGCUUCGUCGAUCCCGAGAUGGAAAAUCAAGUUUUGGAUAGACUUCGGAAAGCCCAGGAAUCCUACACUGUCAUUCCUUUUGACUUGCAGAUCUAUGACAAAAUCGAAUAUGCAUACGAUCAAAUCCCCAAAGACCAGAUUCAUCUUCCUACCACAAGGAGAAUCACCAAGAAGGAAGUACAUCUUGCUGAAGGGCAGAUACAGCACAACAAAAUCCUAUACGUCAUCAACGUAAAUGGGGUCAGGAACGCUAUGUUAGACUACGGCCGUACUCAUUCGAAUGCUGAAUACAUUCUUCCUUGGGACGGGAACUGUUUCAUGACGCGAAAUGCGUGGUCUUCGAUCCAGUCGUCCUUGGCCGAGAAUCCACAGGCUAGGUACUUUAAAACGCCCAUGGAUCGAUUGCAGGAGUCAAACGAAGCUCUUCUAUCAGAUACGUACGAGCCCAAACCUGUUGAAGAACCCCAAAUUAUUUUUCACCGAAUGGCGAGGUCCAACUUUAACGAACAGCUAAGAUAUGGGCGAAGAAACAAGGUCGAAUUGUUGGUGAGACUCGGAGUUCCAGGACCUUGGGAUAAGUGGUCGUGGCUGGAUAGUGAGACGGCCAUCUCAGAUCGCGCCCAUGCUUUCGACGCCGUCGGAGAUGUACCAAUAGCCGGGUGGAUAACGCGGUUGAAUUCAGGAACGUUCUUGGCUGAAAGGUCUGCCAAGGCUCGAGGCAGACUUCGAAAUAAAGCAGUCACCUUGCUUCUGGAACGACUCGAUUUUCGAGCUGCUCGGGACUUAUAUGGCUUGACUUCUUCAACUCUCCUUUUCUUCAACGAAAAGCGAUUGUUGGUGGAACGCGCCGAGUGGAAGGCCGGCAAGAGAAAACAAAUCUUUCGAGAGCUGGUACGGCUGGCUGACCAGGCGCUACUAGCUGGACCUUGGUCGGUCAUGGACAAGAAAAAAUUCGGUUGUGGUAUUUCUGGGGAUUGUCAUGAUUACUUUCACCCCUCACCGUACAUGUGGCCGCAGAGGAAUGAAUCCGGGCACACUGACUGGUCGAAACCCUUCAAGCGACGUGACGGUGUGCGAGCUCCUGGUACAUCCUUAUUCAGCUCCGGGAGUGAGCAGUAUGAUCGAUCCGGGUUGGCUGCAAUGAAGUACAACACAACACUCCUUGCGUUGGCCUAUUCGUUGACAGACAACAAGGCAUAUGUUGAGAAGGCAGCAAGCAAUCUCCGACAUUGGUUUAUCCACAAUGCAACACGUAUGAAUCCACAUCUCACCUACGCCCAGGUAAAAUGGAAGGCAGAUGCAACAGCAGUGGGAUCAUCGUAUGGUCUUAUUGAGAUGAAAGAUGUGUACUUCUUCUUGGAUGCGGUCAAAAUUGUGGAAAAAUCGGAAGCACUGUCACUAUUGGAACGCGACUCUAUGCGUGAAUGGUUUGCUGACUAUCUUGAGUGGUUGGUCUCAAGCUUGCAGGGUCAACAAGAAUUUGUCCAAGACAACAACCAUGGUCUCUUUUACGAUGUCCAGGUUGCACCCAUUGCCUUGUAUACUGGCAACAUAGCAUUGGCAUUGUCAAGGAUGCAACGAUCAGCUUCGCGUCUCUUGACACAUAUAAAUACCACUACUGGUGUUCUUUCCCAGGAAUUAAUUCGUCCAACGUGUGAGCACUAUCAAGCCUUUACUCUGCAAGGAUGGGCUAACAUGGCCCGCAUGAGCAGAAAAAUUGGCCUGGACUACUGGGGCCGCUUCCGUGACAAGGCAACCAAUCAGAGUAUCCUGUGUCAGGCAAUGCGGUAUGCAAACCCUUACUUGCAAAAGCGAGAGAUAUGUCCCGGGAACUCACACAGCGAGGACGUGCGGCGAUGGUGGCCUCUGCUUGUAGACUUCUCUCAGCAUUGCCAACAGCCCUCCAACGAAGGGUUGCUCAAUGUCAGUGACUGGAUCCCUUCAGCGCUUCGGAAUCCCGAUAUAGAUCGGUAUUUGAUGCCCCCUAUGUACGACUAUGGAGAUGGAAUUGCUCCAUUUUGGAAUCUAGGGUAUCAUUGGUAAACACAGUUCACGUAGCAAGCUACCUGCAGUUGAUGAUGUGAUAUUUGCGGGCACCACCACUAGACUCCCGUAACAAAUAGAUGAAAUUUCAAUUUUCUUCUCU